UUUGUCAUUAUUGUUCUCGUAUACACGCUCUCAAUGCAGAGCUUUCGUAACUUUUAGGUUUGGAUCGCUGAGGUAAAUACAAGUUCACGGUUGAUAAUCCUAGACAAAGAAAACUAGACAAGCGUCGCUUGGAAACCGGUAUCGAAGAAGUGAGGCAAUCGACGGAUCAGCGCUACGAAACCACUCGCGUCCGUUUCAGAACAAAAAAGUCCGUUUACCUAUUACUUUAUUUAUUAUCGAGUGUGCAGCACAACACGUUGCAGUUGCCAAGAUUGAGGCGCUAAUUAUGGCAAUACUGAACACUGACAAGAAUAUCCUGAAAGAAGGAUAUCUUUUUAAGCAAAGCAGACAUGUAUGGAAGCUUUGGAAGGCAAGGUAUUUCGUACUACAGAAUAAUGGACUUAUUUACUUUAAAAAGAAAAGUGAUAUUUGUACUGGUCGACCGUUGGGAGGAUUGACUUUCAGAGACAUUUCAAUGCAUAUUGACGAGGUUGGCGAUAAAAAGAGGAAAUAUUGCUUAAAGAUACAAGCCGAGGGGAAAAACUACUGCCUCUUUUGCUUCUCCGAGGAGGAAAGAAACUCGUGGAUGACAGCUAUUUUGACUGCUGUUGCGUCGUAUAUGAUGGCAGUUCGUGAUGGUGCUACUGAUGAAGAACUUCUUGGUUUAGCAGCAGUCCCAAUGCCUCGAUCAGUCUCCUGUGAAGCGCUCACAAGUAAAUCCAUCAAAACCGCUCCUCAUCUUAGAAGUCGAGCAGCCUUCGGCAGCAGUGGAGACCUUGAUCGAAUCGUGCCUCUCAGACUAGCAAAUAAUAAUGUCACGAACAAAAACAGCCAAGGUUUACCAGCGAUGAGCAAACGAAAACUCAAAGCUUUUUCUAUGUGGGAAAAUGCUAAAUGGAGAGACAGUUAUAUUAACUUUUCUGAAAUAUAAAACUAAAAGUGAGGAUCUAAGACGAUUU